AUUAUGCAAGUUGCGGAUCCUUCGAGGCCAAGUGUGUACACGUGCCGGUGUCAGGCAGAGGAAUUUUACCGGCUUUCUGGCCUUACAUGGCAUUUUGUUUCUACUAUUUGAAGAAUCCAUGUCAUUUGACGCUAUUAGCUAGACAGAUUGACGCUAGAACCACAAGCAUCUCCAUUGUCGGACGGUACUACAGGGGGUUUAUAUGCAGUUUCAGCCUGAAUAAUAACAUUCCCAGAAUGCCUUCCAAAGCUGUGCACGAGUCUCUGACACCAAAGAAGCGACAGUGUACAUUUGGUGAUGAACAACCCCCCAAAAAACAAUUAAAACUCCUACAUGGUAAAAUUGCCAACCAGGCAGUGAGGCACCCUACUGCACUUCAGACAAACUGCAGCAACAAUAAGCAUGUCCUUGCCAUGGACUGUGAGAUGGUCGGUUGCGGACCUCGAGGCUCCAUCGGCGCUCUCGCACGUUGCAGUAUCGUCAAUCACAGCGGUCGAAUCGUAUACGACAAAUACAUUAAGCCACAACAGCCGAUCACCGAUUACCGAACGCCAUGGAGUGGUAUACGACCGGCACACAUGGUUCAAGCAAUCCCCUUUACUCAAGCCCAAGAAAAAGUGAGAACAGUUUUACAGAACAAAAUCGUGGUCGGACAUGCAGUAUACAAUGAUUUCAAAGCCUUGGGGUUCGGCCAUCCACGCGAAAUGACCAGAGACACAUCCAGGUAUCCCGCACUGAAUCUUCUUGGAGGGUUUCCGGCAAGAAGUCCCGUCUCCUUGAAGAGGCUGUCAAGGAGCUUGCUGGGUCGUACCAUUCAGCAAAGGGGGCAUUCAUCAGUUGAGGAUGCCAGGGCCACUAUGGACUUGUAUAAACUGGUUCAACACAAGUGGGAGGAGGAACUGAACAGAAAGCUACACUUACAACCAACCAUCAUCUCCCGAAAAAAUCACUCAAAAAACUACAAAGUCUACAACUCCUGCACAAAAUAAUACUUUUAUAUCACCAGAAAGCAGAAUGAAUAAUUUAAAUUCAAAAGCAUUAUGUGCAAAGAGAAUGGUAAAAACCAGAUCUGUGCCAAAUUUUCUCAGUGAUGAGUACUGGUCAGGAGAGUUCCUGAAUGUAAAUCAAGGACUAUGAGAAAUAAUUGCAAUUUAUCAGGUAAAAUAAUUGAAACAGGAUGAAACAACACAACACAAAUUAUAACACUAUGUUUUGAUUACACACUGCCAUUGGUCUCCUUAAACAAAUGAAUUAGGAAAGAGUUAACAUCAAAGAGCUUUCUAUUUUCAAUAUACCUACAAUAUACAAGAAGCGAUAAUAAACUAUUGAUCAUUUAAAGAAUAUGAUGAUAGCAAUUGUGCAUAAGCUAUGCAGAUAAAACUUGUCUUAUGAGGCUUAUCCCUCCAAGAGCAUAUGAUUUCAAGAUUUAAGAUGUAUUUAUAAAAUUUUCAUUACUAUACAUGAAAGUAUUUUUUCUGUUGUUCAGUAGAAAUAUCAUUUUGUAUAUAAAUGUUGUCAGUAAUACUAAUAGGUGAAAUUAUUUGUCAAUGCUUUGGAGUUACCAUCUCCAGACUCAGACAGACAAACAUAAAGAAUGUAGAGAAGAACUUGUGCAAACAAAAAUACCAAUGUCGACAGCAUAAUAUCCUACUAGAUCAAAGGUUCAUAUCAGGAUCAUUAAUAGAAAAAUGUUGAAAAUCUGUCAUAGAUCAUAUGCCUGUGAGCUGUCUUGAGUGUGUUUUACAUCACUGGAAAGCCUGUUUACAUGUAUUUCAAAUAUAAUGUAAAAAUAUUUUUAAAUGGCAUUAAAUAUCAACACAAAUGCCACAAUACCAAUGCCAAUGUUA